AUGGACAGCCGAAAGUUGAUCUUUUUAGACGUAGAUGGUGUCCUUGCCACUUCGCGACAGAUCCUCGAGCUCGACGAUGCUGGCUUGGUGCCACUGGAUGCCUCCUGCGUGCAGAACCUGGCAGAGGUUGUUCGUGACACUGGUGCAGAGAUUGUUGUCAGCAGUGCAUGGAGGAACGAUGGGCAGCUCUACCAGCACUUGCUAUCCAGUCUUGAAGUGCUAGGCGGACGAGACUUGGCCAUGGCGGUGGUGGGCACGACGCCAACCUUGCACCAGGGACGGGGCUUCGAGAUCGUGCAGUGGAUGGCAGAACAGCAGGUGCCUGAAUCGACAAGGCUUGUGAUUUUUGAAGACAGCCUUCAGCAUCACCACAACAUCGAAGCAGCUGGACUUGGGGCAGCGUUGGUGAAGACGGUCUUGGACCCGAACCUGGAAGAAGGAUUGACCAAGGGAGCUGCCGAGCAAGCGAUGCGUCUCUUGGGAGCCAAAUGA